AUGGAAAACUGUCUCAUCCACCACCACCAUCACACACUCCUCACUCUCCCGUCAUCUUUAUCAUCAUCUCAUAAACCCCACUUCAGAUUCUUCACGAGGCCUGAUUUUGGUGGCGGUGCUGCUGCUUUUUCUUCUUCCUCUUGUUUGUUAUACCAUAGGCGUAGACCCUUCAUCAGAGCAAGUGCUGGAGCCAGCCCAUGUGAGUUUAGCAGCCUGAACUCUCCUUUGGAGCCACGUUCCAUGGUGGGGAAGUUCCUCAGUGGUGUGCUUCAGAACCACCCUCAGAUGUUCCAUGUUGCUGUUGGGGAAGAGCUCAAGCUCUUGGCUGAGGAUCGUGAUGCGGCACAUGCUCGCAUGGUGCUUGGUUCUGCCACCGAUGAGGCCCUCCUUCACAGGAGGAUUGCACAAGUAAAAGAGAAUCAAUGUCAAAUUGCUGUAGAAGAUGUUAUGUACUUGCUGAUUUUUUACAAGUUUUCUGAGAUCAGGGUCCCUUUGGUACCAAAACUUUCUAGUUGCCUUUACAAUGGCAGGCUAGAGAUAUUGCCUUCUAAGGACUGGGAACUAGAGUCUAUUCAUAGCUUGGAAGUUUUGGAUAUGAUAAGGGAACACAUAACUACUGUAACUGGUUUGAAAGCAAAAUGUAGUGUAUCUGAGUGUUGGGCAACAACCCAAGUUAGGCAAUUCUUACUUGCCCGAGUUUAUGUUGCCUCCAUAUUAUAUGGUUACUUUUUGAAGUCAGUUUCAUUGAGGUACCACCUAGAACGAAAUCUAUCCUUGGCUAACCAUGAUGUUCACCUUGGUCAUAGGACUUCCCUCAUGUGUUCUUAUGGAUUCAAAGAUGCCAUCUUUGGCCAGUUGAGUAACAUGCCAUCCUUAGGGCAAGGAUUAGUCAGGCCAGAAGAGGAAAUUGAGGACUUAAAAUGUUAUGUUAUGAGCUUCCAUCCUGGAUCAUUGCAGAGAUGUGCCAGAUUGAGAUCUAAGGAGGCUGUGAAUUUGGUUGGUAGUUAUAGUUGUGCACUUUUUAACAGCAAGGAAUCGGGUUCAAUUGAGGAUAAUGAUGUUAUUUUGACUUCAUUUUCUAGCUUGAAGAGACUAGUCUUGGAAGCUGUUGCUUUUGGAAGUUUCCUGUGGGAGACAGAAGAUUACAUUGAUAAUGUCUAUAAGCUUAAGGACGACUAA